AAUUCAAAGAGAGGAAUAAAAAAACAAAGAAAAUAAAGAAAUGAAUGAAAAAUUGAGAGGCGAGAGAGACCCACGCCACCACCACACGAGACGAUCUCACUGCCCACGCCGCCACCACGAGACCCAUCUCGCAGACGCAGACGAAGACGCAGACCCAAACGGCCACAACGCAGCAAGACCCAUCUGCAUUUUGCCGCCGGUUGCUUGAUUUGCCCAGCCCAGCUUCGUUGCUCCAGCCUUCACAGUUCACACUUCACACUCAAUGACUAUUGAAGUUAUUCCAAGAGUAAUCAAGCCUUGAGGUUCUGGUGGGAAGUCAUGGAUAUUGGGACUGCUGACUCUGAACCCAGACAAAGUGGAUCAUUUAAUUGCACAAGCAGUGCCAGUUCUUCAUUGAGAAGACGUUCUAUAAGUUUGUCAGCAGCUGCACCUGUUCAUAUUGAUGAUGACAUUGAAAGUGAGAUUGUCUCAGAGGCAGGAGAUAUUGGGGAUCGGGCUCUUUAUAGCAACAGGCACAGUGAGAGUAGCAGCCACUGCUUUUCUGUUGAUCAUGCAUUAGAGAAUGGAGUAUCUGCCCCCACUUCUGGGGAUACUCUGUUGCACCUUAAUAGGUAUUGGUCUCGUGAUCCACCAACAAUGACUACAAUCUCUGUAGUGACACCAUUGCCUGAGGGAAUCAUAUCUCCCCUUUCCACAGAUGCAACUGAGUGCUCUAAAGACAAAAAGCAAGACAAUAAGGAAAGGUUGCCAAAGUUAUUGGAAUAUGCUUUGUGCCUCAUUCAUUUAGCUGUUUUUGGGAUUCUUGGGGUUUUGCCAAGGUAUGUGCUACAAAAGCUGUUUGGUCCUGGAGUCACUGUCUUGACAAACGAUGAAAACAUUCUGUACCUUGACCUUCCUUCCAAUAUGGUUGGUUCUUUCUUGAUGGGGUGGUGGGGUAUUGUUUUCAAAGCAGACAUAUCCAGCGUGUCGGACUACCUAGCAAUAGGAUUGACGACUGGUUAUUUGGGAAGUCUUACAACUUUCAACGGUUGGAACCAGAAAAUGCUUGAUCUUAUUGUUGAUGGCCACUGGGUGGUUGCUGUGCUUGGUUUUCUUGUAGGUUUGUUUCUUGUGGCCUAUUCCAUUAUUUUUGGGAUUGAGACAGCCAAGGGUUUCAGGUGGCUUCUAACAAGGCGAAAUGCGUGUACAGGAAGUGGCACUCCAAGCUCAAGCAGCAAAUGGAGGGUGGACAGCUUCAAGCGUCACUUGGCAGUCAUGGUGGUGUUGAUUUUGAUGCUAGGCUUGUUAUGGGGUGUAUGUGGAGCACUUUUGAGGGAGGAGUUUAGCAGUGGCAGCAGUGGUGCUCAGCUAUGGUUGGCUUGUUUUGUUGGACCUCCAGGUGUGUGGAUCAGGUGGUUCUUAGCCAGACUUAAUGGACGUGGGUUAGGCAGGGCUGGUUUGUUUAAAUGGGUGCCAUUUGGGACUCUAGCGGCCAAUGUUACUGCAUCUUGCAUCAUGGCAGCACUCUCUACUGUGAAGAAAGCUUUAAGUGUUGGCAAAUUCGAUCUUGGGAAUUUCCCAAAUCAUGUGAAUAGCCAGACUUGUGAUACUGUGGCAUCGGGCAUACAACUUGGAUUCUUGGGCUGUCUGAGUACUGCCUCUACCUUCAUUGCCGAGUUCAACGCAAUGAGAGAAAGCAAACGCCCUUGGAGGGCAUAUGCAUAUGCCUUGAUUACCAUUUGCAUCUCAUUCGGGUUGGGGAUAUUAAUAUACUCUGUACCUGUUUGGACAAAGGGGUAUGGGUAAUAUGUUUUUGUUUUUUUUUUUUGUUUUUGGUGGAGGUAGAGCAUGUUGAUGGCAGCCUUAUUGUGUACAUCAUAUAUGCCGUGAUAUCAAGUUGACCAAAAUGCUGAGGAGAUAGUUAUAAUCAGCAUGUAUGCCUUGAUCUCAAGUUGGCAUCUAGUUGACUAGAAAGCUGAGGGAUCCUAAAACUUCAUAUAGGUACUAAGAAUUAUCAACAGAUGAGUAUUUUGUUUAUAAGUUCAGUGUAAAGUGGUGGUUAUGUCA